AUGAUAAGGAAGGUUCCAUUGUAUAGUGUCUUACAGUUACCGCAGUACACUAAUACUUCUCCUCGAGCAGUGCCGGUGGGUGUCGUACCAGGCCUGUCCUACCAGCUUCUUGUCCCCAUCUACCCACAAGCUGCUGUGCCACUACACGACUCCUUCCACCAGCUGGCACAACCUCAGCCUCCUAUCAAACAGCUGCAGUUUGACCCUGUGAAGGAAUCUCAGCAUCUUACAAGCAAACUUCUCACGUUGAUAACAAGUGUCUUCCCUGACCUACAAGACCAUGCAGGGAAGAUCGUCAGCCACAUCAUCCAAGAAUAUGAUAUUCCAACGCUACAGGCACUUUCUGUCUCACCGUCCCUGUUUGUGAAAAUAGUGGGAGAAACUUUGAUACGUCUGCAAUCAAGAUCUCCUGAGGUCAGUCAGGCUUCACCAGAAGAUAAACAAGAACAGGAAACAGCCGAUUCCCGUGCCCAUGAACUUGAUGAACCUGAGGACAACAAGAAGAAGCAGCCGGCAGACGAUCAAAGCACUGUCGGAGUGGAGGAUGUUGGUGAAACCAGGGAUAGAGUUCCAUUGUUUGAACGUGGAAUAACAGACGUAGAUAAGGACUUGUUUCCAAGUCCAAAAAAGUGGCCGAGUCCAACAUCAAGUCUUCCUCCCAUUCCUCCAGGAAUCCAACUAUCGUCUACUGCAGCAGGAAUUUUACCAAGUUUUGCACCUGCAGUGCAAGCAGGCCCAGCCCAAGGACUUUCGCAGGCAGGCCCGCCCCCAGGACUUGCGCAAGUAUUCUCAGGAUUUCCGAUACGGUAUCAAUUGCCUCCAGUACAGCACCAAAGACGAGGGCAGCCGACUGUUCAACCAGCCCCUCAUCAGUAUAUAGUACCUGUAUAUCCUAGUGGGCAAUAUCCUGGACAACCUGGCCAAUAUCCUGGACAACCACGGAUAUAUUCUGGGCAAUAUUCUGGACAACCUGGGCAAUAUCCUGGACAACCAGGCCAGUAUUCUGGACAACCAGGCCAGUAUUCUGGACAACCAGGCCAGUAUUCUGGACAACCAGGCCGCUUUCCUGUCUUGCCUGGGCAACCUCCUGAAUUCUCUCAGCAACCUGGGUUUCCAAGACAACCCCAGUUUAAUCCAUUUGCUGCUCAGUUUGGGCUGAUUCCACCAUCUCCUGGAUUCGUACCACAUCCCAAUCUUCAACAGCAGCCUCAAUUGGCAAAAGAGCCACAGGAAACUUUUCAGCAACAAGUGGCACAGACUUUGUUUCCAGGUCCAUUGCAAAGACGAGUUCCUUCGUCACCAUCACUGACUGACACUGAUGGGCAGACGACACCAUCUGAUAUCUCAACAGAGAGUGACAACACUGUUGAUCAAUUCAAAUCCUGCCCUGAUUUAGUUGAUUCAUCGUGCCGCGAGCCAACAGCUAGUGUGCCGGCAGCACCUUUAUCGAGCGCCCAGUCAUCUCCAGGCAACUUGAAGCAAUCUAUUCCUGUCCUCAAAGUAGCUUCCUCAGCACCAGGGUUGCGUGUGACUUCCUUUGGAUUACCUACAGGGCCACCUGGACUCCGUACUCCCUGGAAGCACGCGCCCGCUCCCGCUGACACAGGUGGUGGUGAUAUUCAUAGUGGACCGUCAUUUGGUUCAGGAACUCUGCCUUCAAAUCCUGUUGGUGACACUCCAUCCACCGUCGAGAACACAACAUCGCCUGGUCCCGUCCCAAACGUUCCACUGUCUGCUCUAGGAUUGCCAGUUUUGUUGUCAGGACUACCCACGGCGCCGCCUGGACUCAAGGUUCCUUGGAAACGUGUGCGUGCCAAUACUGACAUAGUUGCUGAUCCAGCAACACAGCUAUCACCUCAGCCAGACUCCACCAUUCGUGAUCAUCGGAGUUCACUAUCUCCAGGAUUGACUGUGUCAUCACCAACUUUGCCAAUUCAGCCUGCAGGUGGCCUACAAGAAACGUCAAAACCUGCGCCAUCGUCGUGGAGUCAUAUUGUUCGUGGAUCACUCACUGACAUUCCAAAUGAUCUCACCAAAAGGGAACAAGUUUCUGAUCAAACUAUCAUAAAAGAUGAUUAUUUGACGGACCAAAUCGACUUUUUUUGGUCAGAUAACCUUUGUACAGAUUUCUCUGAUGCGGAAUCGACAGAGUCAACCACCAUGAGCAAACGGCGGAGAAACCCAUCCUCUGAGAGCGGGCAGGCAAUAGCAGACGUCAUGAAGGCUUUCAGCACAAACCUGAGUGACCUUGAGGCUGAGGUACAGCUUAACAUUGUUGGUAUUUUGGCCAUGUUUCAUCCAAAGGCUUGCCAGGUUGGCCACAUCUGGCAUGAAUACAGAGAAAUACACAAAACAAGGCCCAAGAGAGACGAUUUUCAAAACAUUGGCAAGAGCAUUGAUGACAUCUUUCAAAGGUUUGAUCGAGUUAUUGGGAAAGGGCGGAAAACCUGUUACAGCCUGACGGCAAUUGGUGUUGAAUAUGCCAAGGAGCUUGGGUUGCUUCCAGCGGAGGUGGUAUCUGUCAUGAGUCAGGCGAAUACGUCUGUUGCCAUUGUGGCCGAUGCAGGCCAUUCUGUGGUCAGUCUCCUCAGUGAUGAAGCAAGCACUGCUUGUGUUGGUGGAGAACACUCGGGAGGUGGAGACAGUGAUUAUCACAAAGUGACCGCUCAUCAAGACGUCCCCGCUGUGCCGGAGUAUGAAGGUCAUCUGUUGGACAGUGACAUGGUAGAGAUUCAACGACAUGCUGUCAUCUCUCUGUCAUUAAGCUACCCCAAGCCUUUAGAAGAUAAUGAAUUGAACAGAGCCAUAAAGAAGUCCAGAGGGAAGGGUGUGGCAUCAGUAAAAGAGCAUAUAAAACAUUUUGCAGACGUUAUUGCUUGUACUAAGGACCCUCAUGAUUUGAAGAUGAAAAAUCUCUUGACAGACAAAGGUGUACAGUAUGCCAAGUUGUUACGCUGUAAAAUUCAAGACAAGACGGCUGGUGUUGCUACCGUUCCAGCUGUAUCCGAGUACGAAGCACAUCUGUGGAACCCCGAGGUGGUGGAGAUCCAGCGCCAUGCGGUCAUAGCACUCGCGUCUGUUUACCCAAGACCUAAACCAUCUGAUCAACUGAACAAAGCAAUUAAGACCUCAAGAGGGAGAGGGGCAGUGGUGGAGGAAUUGGGUUUACGGUCGUUGGAAGAUUGUAUGAAAGAAUGUUCAGAUCUUGUUAUUGCUUUUGUGAAGGACCCAAAAGGUUCAAAAAAGGUCUGCUUCGUCUUGACUCAUAAAGGUAUUGAGUAUGCCAAGUUGUUGGGCUGCAAGAUUCCAGACAAACCUGCUGUUGCUAGGCCUAUACCGUUGCGUUCACAGACAUUCACUAGGCGAGAGCCGCAAGGGACCCAGAAUGCAGCUGCUGGGGGCGGAGCUCAACUCUUUAUGGAUGACGACGAUGAAUUUCCCGAGCUUGGUGCCGUACUACCGAAAAAGGAUCCACCAAAAUCAGAUUUGGAGUUCCUAAAUGACAGCUUUCUGACGUCAGAGGAGAGACCCCCAGGCAGGGCUGCCCAAGCUCAGGGAGGAGACUUCAGGCCACGUUACGAUACUCUUGGUGUCAGCCCGGUUGCACCGCAUAACCAGGUUGGGCCAAUGAGCCACUAUUCUUCAGUGCCUGUUACCUACUCUCAGCUGAAGGAGAAGCAGAAACGAUCCGCUAGCCCGGCGUCGACAACCUCUCAGACAGCACAAUCUGUGAAAAAGACUGAUUUCAAGUCCGAUUUUACUUAUAAUCCUGAAGAGGUCGCCACUGGUUCAAUGGGAGGAAGCCUGAUGAAUACACGUCAUCUCACGAAGGAAAACCUCGAAGCUAUUGCUGUAGACUGCAUUGAUAGGCUAUCGAAUGCUGAUGUUCUUGUGACACCCAAGGCAGUCGAAUGCCGUAUGUUGGACUUGACUCGUCGGUCGAACUGGCGGGAACUAGGCGUUCCUGGGGUGCAUCGUGUGGAGAUGCUGGAGUGUGUCCGCCAGCUACAGCGCAUGCAGGGGAAGGUCAGCAGUUACGUCCAGACGUUCGUUUCCGUGCGCUCUAUAGCAACGCUCCAUGAUCUCACUCAGUGCAUGAAAGAGUUCAUCACCAACAAUGGGACCUUUGAUAACCUCAAACUCGGUCCGAUAUCUGCCCAGCCGACCAUUCGUGAGUACUUCAACUUGCCACCAGGGUCGCCAGUAUUGGAGAUCUCGUCACCAGAGGUCAUUGAACACCUUAGGGACUAUGUCAAUAAGAACAAUCUUUGGACGACACCGGUGGACUUGAAGAACUUUCUCGAAUAUCUGCAGGAGGAAUAUGGAACUGACACACCAUAUGAGCUGGGCGUACGGAUGAAGAGUCUGCCAUUAGCUAUGCAGAUGCUGAAGAAAGCUCAGCGUGACCAAGGUCGGACAGUUCGCGAGUGCAUCACUCACAUGAAGGAUCUCACAGAAAAUGAGGUCAAGUCUGGAUUCAGUAACUUCAAAUCGAAAUUCCUCCUUGAAAAUUCUGACGGUGACGGAUUCGUCAUCAGAAAGUUCUACCUUGAACUUGGCCCUGCAGAAGUCAUGGCAGACGUCUUUGGAAAAUUCAACGUCUUGUUACAGUUUAUGCUACAGUACGGUGCUUCUGUCAAGGGACACACCUUGCAACGAUUACACCAGGUGACGCAGGAGUUUGUGAAGCAGGUGAAGCGCGACAGUCUUGGCCACCAUCUAUUCCAAUUGUCCGUCUGCGUGAGUGCUCAUGAGGUUCAAGAAUCGCUGCAGACGUUCAUGGAGAAGAUGUUUCCAGCGCCAAAGGGUGGUCACCGUGACGAUGAUGAUGAUGAAUCAGGCUCCCAGAUAUCGGUUAACCCUCCUCCAAAGCUAGAUGACCUGCUCUCUAAGUUCCGUUACAACCUCGAGCGUUGCAUCGGUGUGAGUGGCACCUUGACUCUUGAGUAUCUGGCCGCCAUUGAGAAGAAGCUCUGUGAACACUUCAAUCAUCAGUUCUUCAACACAAUGGGCCAAGGCAGCUUCCUGGCUUUCCUGCUGCAUCAGCCACAUGCCAAGAAGAUAUUUGAAGAACUCGGUGGUAACAACCUGACAGCUGGUGGCGCCACCUCUGAUGGGAAGAACUCACUGUAUCGUCCAUCGCAGGGAGAUCUGGUAGAUAUGGUGCAUCAGUGUGACAUCAAGGAUGAGUCAAUGGAAGCCACCUGCCACCUGGAGGCAGCUGUGUGUAGCCAUUACAAAGUCAGUCAAGUCCAGGGCGCUGGACAUGGCCCUGUUUCCCGCAUUCAGGGCGUAGUGAAGAGGCAGAAACAUGGCCACAGUCGGGAUCACAAUGUCGUCUAUGAGAGUGCCAUCUGUCUUGGGUCAAGGUAUUCAGAGCAGUCUGUUCCUUCAGCCGAGAAGCACGCUGGCAUCCUUGGAUCACAGACUGAAGAGGCCGCCCUCCUCCACCUCGAGGCCUGCCCUCUGCUGGAGAAUCUAGAAACCUGGUCGCAGUGGUCAUUAGUGUUUCAGCCGCAGUUCGGUCCGCUGAAGACUUUCGUACAGAAACAUGGCGGCAUAAAAACCCAUCGGACAUCAUCAGGCCUAACGUAUUCUACCACGAUCCAGGCGUUGGAAACAGAACCGGGUGUCCUGUUGAAGAUCACAGCCCAAACAAGCAUUGAUCUGUUCUGCCAAAAUGCCAUGGCUGGCGAUGUUAGUUCCUCAUGUGGCCACUUGGUGUCACUAGUUGUAGCUAAUAAAGGCGUGAAGAGCAUGUCGAUGGAGCUGUUGGCUAACCACAUGCAGUCGGCACUGUUUACCAUGAACAGUGAGGGCGCCACGGUCAAUGGUGACGGUGGAUACAACAGGACGUCUAUCCCUAAAGUCGUCCACUUUGUCCGAGAAUGUUUGUGUCAUCUGCCGAUCAGGAUGUGUGAAGCUGUGGCCAACCAGAUUUUCUUGGAACCCGUGAGUCAUGUUUUAGGAGGUACGACAUCGAAGAAGCUGAUCUUGGAGAGUUGUCCAUCCUUGGAUCAAACAAGCCGGAUCUAUCUCCUGGGUAUGCUACUGGGUAUCGAUACGUGGUCACAGUGUUAUCAAGAUCGUCUCAACAGAGCUCACCAAUCCAUCAUACCUGCUCGCACGGAGAGAAAGAAAAAGGAGAGUUUCUCCGACCUUCUUGACGAUGGCACUCCUGUUGAAUCUGAAGAUGAGGAGCCUGAGAGUGACCUUGAUGAAGAUGAAGCAGCCGACCCCUGGUCUGACUCAGACUCGGUUCACUUUCUCAGCGACCUUGAGCCAGAACCAGAGAUGAAAGAGGUGACUGAGGAGGAAGUGACGGCCCAGGAUGAGCCUGUUACCAUGGACACCAUGGAGACAACAUCUGGUGAAGCAGAUAUCGUGACAGAAGAGAAAGGUGGUGAUGAAGAGACGACAUCUGUAGGAGAAGAGAGAGAAGAAGUUGCACCAGAGGAUGCCAACUUGACACAUAAAGAGCGCGAAUGUAAGAAGGUGGUGGAUCAGAUCCGGAAGGAGGAGUUUGGUAUUGGCAUCAUGCUUAAUGAAGAUGCGGAGAAACUGAUGAAGGUUCAACAGGAACGAUUGGGUCGUAGCUUAGACAGGCUCUCCCGAGACCUCUACAGUAAGGACACACACUUUGUGCUGGAACUUGUACAGAAUGCUGAUGAUAACACAUACCCACCACCUGACCCUGCUCGAUCAAAACGGUCAUCUGGGCCAGCUAUUCGCUUCAUUGUGGAGACUGACUGCGUCACUGUUUUGAAUAACGAGUGUGGCUUUGAAGAGAAGAACAUCCGUGCCUUGUGUGAUGUUGGCCGAAGCACAAAAGGCAAGCACAAGUUUGGUUACAUUGGACAGAAAGGCAUUGGGUUCAAAUCAGUGUUCCGAGUGACAGAUAAACCAGAGGUGCAUUCAAGUGGUUACCAUAUCAGCUUCAAUGUUGAGUCUGGCCCUAUGGGAUAUAUCCUACCUCACUGGAUCGAGGACCACACACCAGAAACAACAAACAGAUGGACUACCAAGAUCAUACUGAAGUUGAAAGAGGAGCUGGACAUGUCCAAAGGUCACCAGCAGACGCGGACGUUGGCCAACAGGUUCCAUGACGUCAAACCUUCACUCCUGCUCUUCCUUCAUCGACUACGCAGUAUUGUCAUUGAGAACAAGGUGGAUGAUGUGACAUCGAAGAUGGCGCGGCGAGACAUUGGUGAGAACAUCAUUGAGAUUAAACACAACACUGGCACUGAUAAAUGGCUCGUCACCAAGAAGCUGCUGGAUGCCAGUAAGAUCUCACCAAAGGGCAAAUCAGGGACGGACAUAGAAUCGACGGAGAUUGCACUGGCGUUCCCCCUUCAAGGCAAAGACAAAGGCUCAUACAAGUACCGUCCAUCCCAGCAGCCGGUGUUUGCCUUCCUGCCAUUGAGGAGUUAUGGAUUUAAAUUUAUCGUCCAAGGUGAUUUCGAGGUGCCGUCUUCUCGGGAAGAUGUUGACAGCGAUAGUUCCUGGAACCAAGGUUUACUUGAUGCGAUACCACAGCUGUUUAUUGAAUCUCUGGACACUUUCAAGAUGCAGCCAGACCUAAACGCCCUCGAUGCAGUCAAUGCGUACCUCCAAUUUGUUCCCAUGGAGAAUGAGACUCUGGAUUUCUUCAAGUCCGUCGCCAGCAACAUUCACCAGAUGCUCAAGUCGAAGCCAUGUUUGCCCACGGAACCUGACGAGGAUGGUAAUGUGGAAUGGAAACUCCCUUCUCAGAUGGUGAUCUGUCAAGAUCCUCUCAUCCAGCAAGUGAUCUCGGCCGAGAUGUUAGAGCAACACCUGGGACUCUUCUACCUGCAUAACGCUGUCAUGUCUGCCGGGAACACACCACUGUUACAGAGCUUGGGUAUCAAGCAGAUAUCGACACAGCAUUUGUUGGAGAUUGGGAAGUCAUUGGCAAAGCAGUGGCUGGAAGAUGAUGUUGAUGUGAGGAUUCCCUCGAUAGCCAAAUGGUUGGUGUGCAUCUAUCGAAGUCUGAAUGAAUACAGUACAAAUGUGGAGGAACUGAAGGUGUUGAAGAACCUUGCCGUGAUUCCGCUGUCGAAGGGUCAGCUGGUUACACUUGAUGCAUCCACUGUAUUCUUCCCGCUGCAGAAGGAGAAGGCCAAGACUAAUAUGACAGAUCCCCUGCGGCACAUUGAACAAGACCUCAACACCCUUGACCCGCGUCUGCUAACGUGUCUUGACCACAUCCCCAACUCGCAGAUCGAGAAGAUAUUAGAACAGUGUGAUGUCCGCCAGCUCAACGCGCAAGAUGUCAUUCAACAUCACAUCAUGCCCGCAUUCAAGUCAGAGGAGUGCAAGCACAAGUCACGCGAACUUCUGUGUGCAUACGUUGUUUACAUCAAGCAUCAUGUGAUGCGAGAUCGGUCGAUCCUGAGCAUGGAGGAGCUACGCAGUGUCAUACAGGUGGACACAAAUCAAGGCAUGAAAAACCCUGCAACUGAACCAGUCCAUUUCACACCUGCCUACCAGAAUCGCAUAGAUCUACAGAAUAUGCUGCCUGGCUGUAAGUGGGUGCUACUUUCUGCUGCGUACAUGCCAGCAGACCCAACGCAUCAAGACAUCAGCCAGUGGCGGGACUUCUUCAUAAAGAUUGGUGUACUCGACUUUUUGGCGAUCAAACCAAGGACAGUCACCCUGACAUUGGAGGAACUGAGAGAAUCACCAUGGAGCGGGUAUGCGAGUCUUCUUCCUGACCAGACAGGUCCAUUCACCAUCGAGGAUUACGUCUGCGAUGAAUUAACUGCUCUGCUGACAUCGACUGCUCAACAGAAAUACAUCGAGAUGAAGACACUCUAUCAGAUCUUGGAUGCACUCUUCGACAAAGAAUUUGAAAGGUUUACUAAGACACAGUUGAGCUCACCAGGAAGUUUGCGGCCGGUUGAUGUUGAGACUUCAUUCAGUUUGUCACUGAAGCAAACUGCUUGGGUGCCGGUGACUGUCAUCAAGUAUUCCGACUGCGUGAGUGAGCAAGUUCUGAUGAAAGGGAACGAGGUUUACCUGAGGUUGAAGAAAAUUGAAGACCUAUUGGACAAUCACGUUCCAUACUUGAAUGUUACGUCGUCAGCAAAGAGUUCAUUUGGAUCUUUCUUGCAGUUGCAUUCCAGUCUGUCCACUGAUGAAAUAUUGGACUUCUUGAUUGGCUGGUGUCAGCGAGGUGAAGACCAAUCGAAACCAGAGACUUUCAUAACCUUGAUGGACCAUGUUUUGAACAUCUAUGAGUACCUUCGACGCAACCUCUCGAUGCAACGGAUCAAGGAGUUGUUUGAGAAUUACCCCAUCAUUUUCGUGCCAAAGAUGUCAGGCUCUGGCCAUGUGCCUUGCGAGGGCGAGUUCUCGUAUAGACAGGAGGUAUGCUGGGAAGACCCUAAAGGAUUAUUCACAAAAUUUAGGAAUGAGCUGCGUGAUUGUCAUUGUGAUAUCCAGUGCCCACAAACACUAUGUCAUAUCUACCAAGGACAGUUUCAGUCCCUCUUCUGCAGCCCUGAGUUUGGUGCAGUGCGUUUAGCUCCGCUGUGGAAGGAAUAUGUAGGACUUCUUACAUUCGUUGCUAGUUAUUACCCAGAUUCAUCUGCAGUACUUUCCGAUGUCCUGAGCAUCUUUGAAAUUCUUGGCAGAGAACUGAGUGUUGUAGCUGAACACGUGGCCGAGUGUAUGGGCAGCGAGUUACGGCGUCUCAUCGGUAAGGAUAAGGUUUUCCCGACCAAGGCAAAGUCGUGGGCCAGCAUCGAGGAGAAACCAAUGCUUGUGGAUAAGGACCAGUUGUUCAAGUGGUUUAGUGGGAAGCCUGGUGCACACUUCUUGGAACUCGAGAUGACAGAGGGGUCGAAGAGAAGGAAGAAGGGCAAGAAAGUUGCUCCGGACUACAACUUGGAUUAUAUCCAAUCUUUCCUCAACGCUUGCCGCAUCCCUACGUUGAGUUCAUGCAUCUCCACCCUGCUGACGACCGAGAUGUACAACUUGUGCCCUGACCUUCAGGAGUUCAUGUGGCGUACUAUGCCCCUGCUGCAGCUCUACCUCUACAACAUGUACUCAGAUCGGUAUGAGACACUUCAGAGGGAGAAAGUGGCUGCAAAGCUGAAGAUCAUGAGAUUUGCUUCAGUUGGUAAACUUGAGGUGGUCUACUCCCUGAAACACAGCAACACGGCUGUCCACAUCCAGAGUGAGGCAUGUGCGAUGGAUGAGUGGAGCACGUUCUACAUCCAUAAAGAUCACAUCCCUGCCGUCCUGGAGAUUCAGAAGGAGAUUGCCCGCGUGUUCAGUGACGAGGACCAGAUGAUUAGGAAUGGCAUCAGGACGUUCCUGACUGAUAUUAACCAGAUGAUCAAGGAGCGUGGCGUUCCCACGUCAGAGAUGAUCUGCCAGAUGAAGGACUGGGAGGCACUGCCUGACAUGGAGGAACGAUGGGAGGUGGAGGAGCCCAAGAGGAGGUUACCUCCGGUACCCAAGGUAAAGCCGCAGGAACCUGAGGUGACGCCUGCGGUCGAGGAGGGGAAGGAGAAUAAGAUGAAGAUAGAUGGACCGUUUCUGUCUCAGUGGCCACCACCAGCUCCCUCUGGCAGGAAAACAGGUGAUUCACAGACUGGUGGCGGCUUAAUGAGCAUGUGGCCUCCUCCGAAACAUUCUGAUGAGAUCCCGCCCUUUGCUCGGCCUCCAACCGCUGAUGGACCAAGAGAGCCAGGUGGUCGUGAACCUGGUUCCGGCGACUGCCAAGAGGGGGCAGUGUUCACCCGGAGCCAGAGUGUCCAGUCUGGAGGAACUCCUGGUGUUGGAGGUGGUGAUAUGAGGCGACCACGCGAUGAUCAUCCACCUGGAGACCAGGUUGGUGAACACGACCUGGGUGGUGGACAUGGACUGGGCGGUGGGGUAGGUCCAAGGAGGGGAGAGGGAGAUGGACGUCCGUCUUCAGACAGCGUGCUGGGUCAUGGGAAACCAGAGCAUUCUGGUCGUAACCUCGGUGACUACAUCACUGAGGCGAUCAACCAGACACAGGAUACCACAUCGUCCGAAACAGCUGAAGAAAACCUGAAAGAAAGUGAAUCAACAAACGUUGAGGAGACGUCUGCUGGAAGCCAAUCUCCCAAGCAGACGGAGGCUGAGGAGGCUGGCCAAGAAAUGGAGACGAGGCGAGCAAGGACGACAAGCACUGGUGCCUUUGCGACACCUCCGCGUGAUGUCAGAAGUAGUCAUGAGGGGACACCGUCGCGAGGCUUCGUGAAGAUGGGUGAAGGGAUUGAGGAAGAAAUCAUCUUUGAUGACCUUGGCGACCUUUCAAUGUCAAACCUGCCUCAUGAGAUCAGGAUCGAAGCGAGUGAGGAUGCAGAGGAAGUCGGCCGAAUCGGUGAACAGCUUGUCUACAAUUUCUUGAAAAAACGAGAAACUUUCAACGGUUUGAUCAUCGUAGAAGUUGUGUGGAUAAACCGGCAUCAUGAAACUGGUGAUCCGUUUGACAUUCUGUUGAAGUUGAAAGAUGAUUGUGGAAAUUUGAAUGAAGUUUUUAUUGAGGUCAAGGCUACAAAAACAGAGCACAAGGUCACGAUGGGGAUGUCUUUACGAGAACUUGACUUCGCUUCAGAGAAACAGGAGCGAUACUAUCUGUACCGCGUUUUCAAUAUCGGUGAGAAGAAGAAGCCCAAGUUGGUCAGCAUCAAUAACAUCAAGGAGAAACUCGACCGCAAGGUUAUUCACUUGUGUAUGAUCUGCCCAGCUCAGAUUGCCCUGGGUCAUGGGUACCAGGUUGGGGCUGUGAAUGGAGACGCUGCUUUCUCUGGGAACGAGAAUCUGUCGACUGGAGGUCAUAGCAACAAAUUAGAAACGUUAUCCUUCCAGAAGUUAGAGUCGUCAAUGGGAAGCCAAGGUCAAGGUCAGAGACUGCCUGGUAGAGCUAUGCUUGCCGCGAUACCUCCACAGGAACUGAAACAGGUUCUGGGGGAACAUCUAUUCCCACUUAUUUCUGGUAUGCAGCCAGAACUAGCCACAAAGAUCACGGGCAUGUUGCUCGAGUUGGAUAAUGCCAUGUUGCUGCAGAUGUUAGAGGACCGGGGAUCGCUCAGGGUUAAAGUGGAGGAAGCUGUGAGCAUGUUGAAGGCGUACCAAGCCAAGUAUCAGUGAUGAAACCUGGUGAAUUCCCACCAUCUCGUAACCUGUGGAAAUAUUGUCUACAAAGAGCAUGUCAGUAUUGCUGAGUCACAGUCAUGACAUGUCAAGGUCACAGUCAUGACAUGUCAAGGUCACAUGUAUGACAUUGAACAUUGGUGUGGUUUGAUUUGCCAGAUAGGAAUUGUUACCGAUUUUAAUAAAUGAUUGAAUGAUCAACAAGCCAAGUAACAAAGCAGAGUUCAUAUAAAUGGAACAUUUUGUUAUCAUUACUUUAUCUGCAAUUAGAUUUUGUGUUACUACAUGUCUUAAAUAUAACCUGUUAUUCUUUAUACUGUAAGUAGAUUAACCACUGAAUAACCAAGUUCAACUAGAAAGAGACUUGAUAUGAGAUAUUUCGCUUCUCGUGGAGGCCGCUAAAUACUCGCUUGUGUGUGAUUAAGUGUUGAGCUAUAUUUACAUAUGUAUGUUUAAAUAUUCAGAAUGAAACCACCUGUUUGGCUGAGACUGGCUAUUUGCUGGAAACUCACAUCAGUAUCUCAAUUGUUGUUGUUUGUUGGAUGUUCGUCUCCACUUCAGCCAUAAGCGUUGUAGAUGUUCAUUCAAAUCUCUUAUGCAGUUGUGCUGUUGCUCGAGUUAAAUACCUAAUGAAAUUGUGUGUUGAAUUGGUAAAUGUGUUGUCAGUGUAGUCUUUAGUGUCCAGAGACUGUCAAGUAGGGUGUCCAACAUAUCCGAUUUGGGGUAAACAAGUAAUCUUGAACUCGAACAAUAUGCAUAUUUAUUGGUAUUAUGUGUGAAUGAGGUAAACUCAUUUCUAGCUUUUGAAUGCAAAAAUGAUAGUUACAUGUAGUAAUCGCUAUAUUUCUUGUAGAUAAAACUGAAGUAAAUUCUCCUGAAAGGUAAAGAA